AUGGCGGCUUUGUCCCGGACAGCAACAGUGCAGUUUGUGGAAGAUGAGUCCCCGAGCCCGUUGGACGUGGAUGUGGAUGAGAUCUCACCGAGUUCGGGGGCAACAUCAACAAUUCUUAGGAAGAUGGACAGGACAUCCACGCUCCGUUUUCACGAGGUCUCUCACCAACAUGGCCUUCACAAAAUACGAGUGCAGCGGACUUCAAGCCAGGGUGUGUUCGCGCCUAGCAUGGAGGAAGAGACGAACUGUUGUUGUUGUACGCCGUGGAGGUCACUAGUGCGACAGUACAUGAGGAUUAUCUACAUGAUCAGCAAGCGAAUGCCGGAUAUACAUGUGAAUUCGGAAGGUGACGAUACACAUUCGCUUGCUUUCGUGUUGGCUUCAGUGGCGCUGGUGUUGGUCCUAACUGUGUUGGGGCCCGUGCUCCUGCCCGUGGCAGUCGUGUACACCGCUACGUGUGGCGCUGCUCCAUCUGGCUACAUGAGUUUAAACGCAGGACCAGCUGAGCCAGAAACUGCUGCAGAGCGUUACCCUGCCUUUCUCCGAUGGACUCUGACGUUAAUUCUGACUGGGCUGUCUGCGUUGCCCUUGUACUUGUUGUGGAGCAUGACCGUGGUUGUGUUUGAUGAAGAGGUUUUGAUGGAGUUCAUGAAGCCUGAGAAUCCCAUGCUCGAGCUUUGGGGUCCGUAUGUCUGUUUGCUGAUCUUGUCUCUGACAUGUCAUGUCGAUGUCUACCAGUGUUGCAUCGAGAACGGUGCCGGUCAAAUGCUUUUGGAUGAGAUGCGGGAAAUGAUAGAGCAGGAUGCCUUCAUGGUGAAGAUUGCGAAGGGGACUACUGUUGAUGAGAAGGAAGUGGACCAUUUGAUUCCCUCUAUGCAGGAUCUUGUGCGCUACAUGGAUGUGCAUAUCCAGGAGAAGGAGCACGGACUCUUCACAACCCAGCGUCGCCUUACCAGCCACUUCAUGUAUGCAGUCUUCCAAGUCAUUCGGGACGAAAUUCAGGAUACCGACAAAGACGAAGAAGAGGACCCCUCUGCGCCGCUGCGUGCUCAGUUGGAGCAGUUUUCAGCAUCGUCCGUGCCCAUCGCUCCGCCUGCUGUCGCAGUUCUCCUGAUGGGCAGUCUGGGCCCAGCGCUACUUCCGGCACUGGUCCGACUUGCUAACGGUUACCAGGGAUUGUGGAGCCAUGAUGGUGUCUGGACCUGCCAGCGCGCGUAUCUUUUCAUGGCAUUCCUUACAUCAAUGCGCUUGAUCGGAGCCUGCUACGGGCUUAUUGACAGCCUUGGCAGGUUACAGCUUGCGACGCUAGCUGCGUUGUAUCUAGCUGCACCACGUAGGCGUCGAGCAGUUCUGGCUGCCAUGUACAGACCCCAGUUCGACAAGCUUCUGUUUCUGCCCGACCAUGUGCCGCUCGCUCCUGCUCGAGAAUUAUCCAGCGACCUGGAGCGUCGGUACGGGGGUUUCGCGCGCUUCAGGUGUGUCUUCGUUGCAAACAAACUUCGUGGGAAGGGUCUCGAAUUUCGCAACAAAGAGUCAAUGAAGCAGGAGGAUGACCAGCAGGCUCAGAUCCCACAAGAGGACGACGCAAAUGCAAGCGUCACUUAUCUGGCAGCACGAAAGUUCGCGUUCCUUCAACUCCUGACAAGAACAGACUGUUUGGUGCUCGAGGGGAAAUCGGAAGCAGUCAUGCUGGUUUUAGCAAUGAUCUUGACCCUGGUUUCUGUCCUCCUUGUGUAUUCAGUUGGGCUGACAGACGGCCAGCACCACUACAACACUCUGGCUUUUGGAUCCUUGAUAUUGCUAGGCGUUCUGGCUGUGAUGCUGUCCAUCGUGAACAAUCUGGUGUCUCUGGAGCGUUUGCUCCUUGACGACACCCUCAAGAUCCUGCAAAGUUGGCGAGAGCGGCUGGAGCGCUUAAGAUACGGAGUCACAAGCACACUGUUUGAAGAGGACAACUUGAAGGACAUAACGUUCUUGGACAAUUACCUCUGCAGCUUGAUCGAUCCCGUGGCUGGGCUUAUCGACUACACCAAGAAUUGGCAAAAGCCUGUAAGCCUCUUCGGCGUAACGGCAUCCAGUACUCGUCGCAACCGGGUGGUGCUGUCGCUGCUGGCAUACUUUGCGGUACUUCUUUGGCAGCUCUUGAAGCAGCAGGGUUGGUACAUUGCUUUGCAGCAAGAACUGGCACAGAUUGCCGAGUCGCAUGGUGUUCAUUUUAGCUGA